UGUCUAGAAUUUUGUUAUAGUGGUAUUGGGAAUUUACUGGGUGUUCUAACAAUAAGAAAAAUAUUAGUGAUAAUUGCAUUUUCCUAUCAUUCCUUUCUUCUUUGUCAUAAUCACAAUAAGUAUAGGAUUUUGCACAUUGAGGGAUAUUAGGAUAUUGCUCAAAAUUAUAUAAUCAUACAAUAACUUGAAUUAUAGUUCUCAACAAUAAUUACAAUGAGAUAUAUUAUAAAACAUUAAGUCAAAAUAUAGGCAGGGCACAGUGGCUCAUGCCUGUAAUCCAAACACUUUGGGAGGCUGAGACAGAGGAUUGCUUGAGCCUAGGAGCUCAUGGUUGCAGGCUGUGUUGAGCUAUGAUUGUACCACUGUACUCCAGCCUGGGUGACAGAGUGAGACCCCAUCCCUUAAAAACAAACAAAAUAUAUGUAAAUAUAUUAGGUAAGCGCGCGUGCACACACACACACACACACACACACACACACAUAUGCUUGCCUAAUUCCAGGUAACAAACAGAACUUCUCAAAUUGUUUCUUUUUUCUUUUUCUUUUUUUCUUUUUCUUUUUUUUUUUUGAGACGGAAUCUCUGUCUGUCACCCAGGCUGGAAUGCAGUGGCAUGCUCUUGGCUCACUGCAACCUCCGCCUCCUGGGUUCAAGCAAUUCUCCUGCCUCGGCCUCCCAAGUACCUGGGACUACAGGUGCCCACCACCACGCCUGGCUAAUUUUUGUAUUUUUAGUAGAGAUGGGGUUUCACCAUGUUGGCCAGGCUGGUCUCAAACUCCUGACCUCAUGAUCUGCCCACCUCAGCCUCCCAAAGUGCUGGGAUUACAGGUGUCAGCCACUGCACCCGGCCACAAAUUGUUAAUUAUUAUAACUCUCUGCUUGCCAAAAUAUUAACUUACAAAGCAGUCCAUGAGUUGGCUCUAAAGUUAUUAUGCAUUGCAUACCUUAAAGAUUGUUGUCGAUGUUGUUUAUGAAAGUUGCAUACCUUAAAGAUUGUUGUCGAUGUUGUUUUAUGAAAGCUAUUCAGUAAAGAGUUUAUCUGGCUAAAAUAGACCCAAUAGAAAAAUUAAAAAGUAAAUAAGAGUUUAACUAGUAUAUCAGGUGCCAGGAACUUUCCUAGCCCUUAGGUACAUAACUAGCAUUAUAUAGUGUUUGUGGGAAUCAUGGGUGAGCAUUAAGUACGAUUAGCAAAAAAAACUAUGGAUUGAUGGUAAAAAUUAAGAGGAAAAUAAGAGAAAGGAACCAAAUUCAGGAAAAGCAAUAUACCUGAAGAGUGAUAAAGUAUCACAUAGUGCCUCACAGACCACUUCCUACAUGUUGAAUAGGAACCUCUUUCUAGUCUUUCUUCAUAAUUCAUUUCACAGCAUACCAUUUAUUAAGAUUUUUUAAAUGCAACUCAUGAUGAAUACAAAUUGUGAAAAGUUCGGACUUCGUAACUUUAAAUGUUUACCAGAGCAAGUCACAGUGAUAGUAAAAUGUAAGUAUUCAACAUCAAAGUUUUUCUAUAUUACCAUUCUCCUUUAUAUUCAUUGACAACUUCUGAAUUAGAAAAGUCAAUCUCUGAUGUCUUGUAUCUUCUGCAGUUCAGCCAUUAUUAACAGAACUUAAAACAUUUGAGGUUCUCAGAUAAAUUUUGAAGCCUGUUAAAUUUGAAGUUGGCCUGAAACUUUUGCUCAAAGUGAAUUACCCCUAUUUUAUUUAGGGUUUUUGCCUAUUGCAACUGAUUUUCCUUUAUCCACAGCUAUUCUACAUAAUGUUAUGCAGUGUUUGGUUGAAUCCUUAACACUUUUCUUCCACCUUCCCUGCAUGUAGUUUGUACUUUUUACAGUUUGGGGUUCCUGUGUGGAUUUGAUUUGCCACAUUCCAGGACCUCAUUGCGAGUGAUUCUGUUCCCCAGUUUGAUGAUGUUCAAAGAAGCAGGUAAGUGAGAGCUGGGGUCAGAUAUAAGCAGAAAGUCAGAACUUUUUUAUUUAAAAAUUUUAAAAAAUUUUUUGAGGGUAAGAAAGAUCUUGCAGUCUUUUAGGACCACUGCCCUAAGAACUUCAGAUAGGCUAGCUGUAAGUAGAAAGAAGCUAGGACUGUGGAAUUGAAUUUCCUGGAUCAGCUGCAAUUACAAGGAGGAUAAGAGAAUGGUUGAGCUGAUUCUUUUCUAUUUUCUUUUCCUAGAAAUAGUAUGUAUUUUUAGUCAUUAACUAGUAUUUUGGUUUUGUUUAAUAUCCCAGAAGCAUUUAUUCCUCUCUUAAAACAGGUAAAGUGCUCCUGAUGACUCUCUCACUCAGAGAGUUAUCUUACCCUUCUUUCAGGGAAAGUGAAUUUUACAAGUUAAUUCUGCAUGUUUCCCCUACAACUGAUUUCAUUCUGUACCAUUAAAUGGCCAUUUAUUUUCUCCCUUCUACUUAAUCCAAGAUUGGACAUUGUUGAGUUUUGUUUGAACAAUGUUUGUUAUGCUGAAAAAGGACACCAGGCCUGGGGGAACUCAUCCUGUGUCUAGAUCAACAAACAGAACUCCAGAGGGUCCUCUGGUUCCUCCCACUUGGUUGGAAAGGUGCUUACCCUUUCCAAUCAAAUAUUGACUUCUGCACUAAUCCAAAGGGUUUUCUUCUGAAGCUGUAAACUGAGAACAGAAAUAUUGCCUUGAGUGAGAGAAGUCUAGGAAGCAGCAGGUUUCAUUUUUUGUCAGCCUGCCUGGCCUUUACUUGGCUAACACUUGGGAGUGUUGACAGUCCUGAGCCCUCUUGGCAGAGAACAAAGGUUAGAGAGAAGCCCUCAGGCAGGGGGACAGAUCCCUCUUUGCCUCAUUAGGGAGAAUUCAGCCUUGUCUGUCUGGUUGGCAGGGCACACUUAAUCACUGAGACUCAGCAUUUCAGCAGUUUGCAAAGGAAAGUGAUAUGAAGGGACAGCUGCAAGUAAGCCACAACCUAGAUGUGAAGAGAUCAAGCACUCAUUUCACUUGGAGGAAAGAGAGAAGGAAGGAAGCUGAGGACUUAGCAGGGUAUCACUGGACAGGCCAUGGCUCCACGGUCCCGGCGACGAAGGCACAAGAAACCUCCCUCAUCAGUGGCUCCCAUCAUCAUGGCCCCAACCACAAUUGUGACCCCUGUGCCUCUGACCCCCUCAAAACCUGGCCCUAGCAUUGACACACUUGGCUUCUUCUCCUUGGAUGAUAAUGUUCCUGGCCUAUCGCAGCUGAUCCUUCAAAAGCUGAACAUGAAAAGCUAUGAAGAAUAUAAGUUGGUGAUAGAUGGGGGUACUCCCGUAUCAGGCUUUGGAUUUCGAUGUCCUCAAGAAAUGUUCCAGAGGAUGGAAGACACAUUUCGAUUCUGUGCUCACUGUAGAGCACUCCCUAGUGGGCUUUCAGACUCCAAGGUUCUCCGGCACUGUAAGAGGUGCAGAAAUGUCUAUUACUGUGGUCCAGAGUGCCAGAAGUCAGACUGGCCUGCACACAGGAGGGUUUGUCAAGAGCUUCGUCUUGUGGCUGUGGACCGUCUCAUGGAAUGGCUUCUGGUCACAGGUGAUUUUGUCCUACCCUCAGGACCUUGGCCAUGGCCACCUGAAGCUGUACAGGACUGGGACUCCUGGUUUUCUAUGAAGGGGUUACACCUAGAUGCUACAUUGGAUGCUGUGCUAGUUAGUCAUGCCAUGACCACCUUAUGGGCCAGUGUAGGACGGCCAAGGCCAGACCCGGAUGUCCUGCAGGGAUCUUUGAAGCGGCUGCUGACAGAUGUCCUGUCACGGCCCUUGACUCUAGGCCUAGGACUUAGGGCCUUGGGGAUAGAUGUUAGGAGGACUGGGGGAAGCACAGUGCAUGUGGUUGGUGCUUCCCAUGUGGAGACAUUUCUUACUCGCCCAGGGGACUAUGAUGAGCUUGGUUACAUGUUUCCUGGGCACCUUGGACUCCGUGUGGUCAUGGUGGGUGUAGACGUAGCUACUGGCUUUUCACAGAGCACCUCAACUUCACCCCUGGAACCUGGCACAAUUCAGCUUAGUGCCCACAGGGGCCUCUACCAUGACUUCUGGGAGGAGCAAGUAGAGACCGGGCAGACACACCAUCCAGAUUUGGUGGCGGCAUUCCAUCCAGGUUUUCAUUCCUCCCCAGACUUGAUGGAGGCUUGGCUGCCCACCCUGCUGCUACUUCGUGACUAUAAGAUUCCUACAUUGAUUACUGUUUACAGCCAUCAGGAGUUGGUAUCCUCUUUGCAGAUUCUGGUGGAACUGGAUACACACAUCACUGCCUUUGGGGCUAAUCCUUUCAUGUCCCUCAAACCUGAACAGGUCUAUUCCAGUCCCAACAAGCAGCCAGUAUACUGCAGUGCAUACUAUAUCAUGUUUCUUGGAAGCUCCGGUCAGCUGGAUAAUAGGCAAUUAGAAGAGAAAGUGGAUGGUGGGAUUUAAAUAGAUCAUGACUGGACAUCUGGAAAAUGGGGAGGUUGUGAUGAAAUUACCCUGCUAAUGCCAGGUUCUUGCAAACUUUGAAAAAAUUAUAUUCUAAACCUCAUUCACUGUUUGGGUAAAAAUUCUAAGCUGAAUGAGAGUUUCUGUAUAACAUAACUGGUUUCUUUCUUUUUUUGAGAUGGAGUCUUGCUCUGUUGCCCAGGCUGGAGUGCAGCAGCAUGAUCUCGGCUCACUGCAGUCUCUGCCUCCUGGGUUCAAGUGGUUCUCCUGCCUCAGCCUCCCUAGUAGCUGGGAUUACAGGUGCACACCACCACACCUGGCUAAUUUUUGUAUUUUUAGCAGAGACAGGGUUUCACCAUGUUGGCCAGGCUCGUAUCAAACCCUUGACCUCAGGUGAUCUGCCUGCCUCGACUUCCCAAAGUUCUGGGAUUACAGGCAUGAGCCACCAUGCCCAGCCAAUGUAACUGGUUUCUAAGAGUUUAGCCACAGUAGCUUCUAGAGAUAGGAAAUUAGAUUUAGUGGGUGGGAAGAGGCCCUGAUGCUGGUCUUUCCAGAGCUUAUAGUUCCUAACACUUUUCCUUUGUAAAGAAGUUUACCUUUUGACUGGAACCAGAUGGCACUGAGAAGAAGAAUGAGAACCACCUUAUUCUUCUGAAAAAGACUUUCUUCUCAUCCAGUAAUUUGGGCUAAAAAAUGGAAAGAUGUUGAUGACUUGAAGUGAUGCAAGAAUGGACAAGUCAGGGAAGUCAUUGGGAACAUGGAUGAGGUUGUAAGCAUUGGUACGGUGUCCUGUUUCCUGACUUUUUUGAGAGAAAUGUCUACUUUUCCUGUUUUCUCUUGGGGACUUUUGACCCUAGAGUAGCCCUGGUGUUAUAUUUUAGAUAUCCCAAGCUAUAUCAGACUUUACCUGAAUAUACUGGAGUUACUUAUUAUCCCCCAUUCUAUACCCCAAUAAACUCAGUUUGGGGCUUCUUAAGUCACUUGUUUUAUUUCCUAUUCACUGGCAAGUAUUACUCAUCUGCACAUAACACCUCAAGACUGGAAGUUUCUCUCUUGCCAACAGAGUAAUUAGCAUCAGUUCUCUGGGUCUGCCACUCUGUCACACAUUUGCCUCAUGUCAUCCUUUUCUUUUUUAUUUCUUUUUCUUUUUUCUUUUUGGAGACAGAGUCUUGCUCUGUCACCAAGGCUGGAGUGCAGUGGCAUUAUCUUAGCUCUUUGCAGCCUCAGACUCCUGGGCUCAAGUGAUCCUUCCAUCUCAUCCUCUCAAGUAGUUGGGACUUAAGGUACAUACCACCAUGCCCAGCUAACUUUUUUUUUUCUUUUUCUAGAGACAGGGCCUCCUUGUGUUGCCCAGGCUGGUCUCAAACUCCUGGGCUCAAGCAAUCCUCCCACCUCAGCCUGCCAGAGUGUUAGGAUUACAGGCAUGAGGCACUGUGCCCAGCCAAUGUCAUCCUUUUCUCAUCAUACUCUCAGGAUUAGGACAUUUCCUGGGUAUUCAUUCCCACAAUCUUGCCAUGACUGUCUCUCACACACAUAUUACAGCCCAUCACCCCAACACACACAUACACAUUCUAUUGCCCACUCUAAUAGGGAUAAUUUUAGAAUUUCAUAUAUUCAUUGAAAACAGUACCUGUCAUACUACAGGUACUGUAUUUUGGCUUUGGGGAGAUUGAAAGGUAAAUAAGACAUGGUGUUUAUUCUUAGGAAGGGAAAUAAUAUUUAUGUAUUUGGAGAUACCUUUAUUGCAAGGUAUAAUAUGGAGUAAGAAACACGAGAGAGGCUUCUGGUGCUAAGGAAAUAGAGUGAAAAGAGCUCUCUUCCCUCUUGUGGCCAUCACUGAAGCAGGAGCGGCCAAAAUGAAGUUUAAUCCCUUUGUGACUUCCGACUGAAGCAAGAAUUGCAAAAGGCAUUUCAAUGCACCUUCCCACAUUCACAGGAAAAUUAUGUCUUCCCCUCUUUCCAAAGAGCUGAGACAGAAGUACAACGUGCGAUGCAUGCCCAUCCAAAAGGAUGAUGAAGUUCAGGUUGUAUGAGGACACUAUAAAGAUCAGCAAACUGGCAAAGUAGUCCAGGUUUACAGGAAGAAAUAUGUUAUCUACAAUGAAUGGGUGCAGUGGGAAAAAGCUAAUGGCACAACUGUCCACAUAGGCAUUCACCCUAGCAAGGUGGUCAUCACUAGGCUAAGACUGGACAAAGACCGCAAAAAGAUCCUUGAACGGAAAGCCAAAUCUCGCCAAGUAGGAAAGGAAAAGGGGAAAUACAAGGAAGAAACAAUUGUGAAGAUGCAGGAAUAAAGUAAUCUUAUAUACAAGCUUUGAUUAAAACUUGAAACAAAGAAAAAAAAGAAA